CAGACUCUGAGUCAGAGAUGAGCUUGCUGGAGGAUGCAUGACGAAGACGGUGAUUCGGGUGAAGGCGUUGCCUUGACAAGACGCGUUGACCAGAUGCAAGAAGGCGGCCUGCUUGCAUUGUAUCACCAUGUUGCACGAGCUCCUCCUUGCUCUGGUGGGAUGCACUGGGGACGUGUUUGUUGACACGCAUAGCGAAGCUCACAAGCUCGGGCGCCCCAACUCCAGCAUUCUGGAUGAGGCCACCCUGGCUGAGCCGGCAAGCUGCCCCAUCAAGCUGGCCCCUGACAUUGACUUUGUGUCAGAGUCUGAGAGGUCGGUGCUCAACCGCCUGGUCUGGCUGGGCUACUUGUACCGAGAACUUGAAUUGUUCUCCAGUCACGAGCAAGGCAUAGGGACCGAUGCAUUGGGGCAGCCAGACAGAGAUGGGGGUGGGAGCAUGUACCAGCGCGCUCUGGCCACGGGGCUUGCGGAAGUGCUGGCAGUGUACCGCUCUGCAAUCCUGCAGCUGGAGCAAGAUGCGCUGUCUGAGACGGCGCCGGUGCUGUCCACCGUCACGCAGGCUAUGCACCAGUUUGAGGUGGUUCUUCCCCCUCUGGCCUCCUUGGUGUGGGCCGUCCAGCGGGGCGGUGUGAAGGGGGGCGCGCUGCUGGACCUGCUGUACGCCAAGAGCCACUCGGGGGUGCCCCCACUGCAGGCGUGUAUGCAGAGGUUGCUGUGGCACUGCCACUGCGUGCUGUACCGCCAGCUGGCAGGCUGGAUGGUGCACGGCCUGCUGCACGACCCCCACGCCGAGUUCUUCGUCGCCAGGCACGACAGCGGGCGUGUGCGUCGACGCGAGUCAGUGGACACGACGGGGAAGGCAGGCCAGGGGCCCCCUCGGGCAGAGGACGACGCCAUGCACGACUGGCACUCGGGCUUCACCAUUCGUACUCCCAUGCUCCCCUCCUACAUCUCCCUCCCGAUGGCAGAAGCCAUUCUCUUCGUCGGCAAGGCGGUGCGCGUGCUGCGCCACCCGAGCGUCUCCUUCACCAGCCAGGCCGUACCCCCCCUCCAGGCCGCACCCCCCCUCCUCCUCCGCUCCAGCGGGGGCACUCCCUCCCGGCGCAUCGCGUCCCCCGCCCCCCCUGCCGCGCACUCCCCCUCCAAGCUGCGGCUGCCCAGCGCGGGCUACCAGGGCCCCGAGCUGCUGCCGCAGGCGGAGGCCGACAAGUACGGCGCGCGCAUCCGUGAGCUGCAGGCUGCGCCCGUGUUCCAUCGGCCGUCCCUCGAGAAGGUCGUGCACACCGUGCGCGCGGGCGCGGCGCACCACCUCUGGCAGCUGCUGGUCGUCCAUGCUGACGUCCGCGGCCACCUGCGCGCUCUCAAGGACUACUUCUUGCUGGCCAAGGGCGACUUCCUGCAGUGCUUCCUCGAGGAGAGCCGCGCCCUCAUGCGCCUGCCCCCGCGCCCCACCACCGCCGAGGAGGACCUCCGCGUGCCCUGGCAGCAGGCGGCCUCCAAGACCAUCAACGAGGACGACGUCUACUUCCAGCGGGUCAGCGUCAGGUUGCCAGGCCUUGCUGCUGCCACCGUUGCGGCCGGCACUGCGGGGGCAGGGGCCCUGCGCCGGCUGUCCGGUGCCAGCAGCGUGGGCAGCCCCGGGCCUGGGGGCGCGGCUGAGGGCGGCGGGACGGGGCCCGACGGCUGGGACGCGCUGGCGCUGCAGUACCACGUGGAGUGGCCGCUGCAGCUGCUGCUCACGCCCGAGGUGCUCGCCAAGUACAAGAGCGUGUUCCAGUACCUGGUCCGGCUGAAGCGCGUGCAGCUCGCGCUCGAGUCCGCGUGGGCCACGGCCAUGCAGCGCGACAAGGCCGACACCGCCGCCCUGCUGCGCCCGCACGCGGCGCUCCCGCCCGGCGCGCGGCAGGCGGCCGCGGACCGGCAGCGCGGCCGGCGCACCAUGUGGCGCGUGCGGCAGCACAUGAGCUACCUCAUCACCAACCUCCAGUUCUACAUCCAGGUGGACGUGAUUGAGGCGCAGUAUGCGGUGCUGCAGGAGCGGAUCGAGGCCUCCAAGGAUUUUGAGGACCUCGCGCGCUUCCAUCAAGAGUACUUGCUGGCGCUGAUGUCGCAGUCGUUCUUGGACGUGGGCAGCAUCUGGCGCAUCCUGGACGGCAUCAUGGCGCUCUGCUGGCAGCUUGCCGGCCUGCUCGACCACGAUGACGUCACCGGCGGCGGGCUGGACGGGAUCGCGGAGGAGUUUGCGAAGCGCAGCAACUCGCUGUACACCAUCCUGCGCAGCCCCAAGCUGGCGGGCAGCCAGCGCGCGCCCUUCCUGCGCCAGUUCCUGCUGCGCCUCAACUACAACUCCUUCUUCGAGGCCACUGCUCGAGGAGCGAUUGGGCUCCUCCGGCCAAGGACGGCGAGCUUCACAGCUCCGCAACGAUGAGCCGACGUCCACAACGAGCGAUCCAAACCUUGAGCCGGCGUCUUGUUGGAAGCCAGGAGCAAAGGCGUGCCGGAAAAGCUGCGGUAUAGUGAACAGAACUUUGGUCGAGAUCAUAUAAACCCUAUCGAAUAAGUUAGUGCGUCUAGUAUCGGUGUGCGUGACAGCCGCGCAGCGCCAGUGGCAUAAUGUUCACUUAAGCCAGUCGAAUUCAGCACCACCGCUGAAGCAUCUUGCCGGCCUCAAUGUUAUCUUUAAUUCUGCCUGCUUGGAAUGAUGCAUUUCAAACCAUUCGAUUCUAUCAACUUAGCUAGGUGCAAGUAGGAUGAAAAUGACAUUGUGCGCAAGCCUGACGGUUCAGUUCCUUGUGUCCCACCAUUGUCAGCGUGC